AUGCUCUCCCUGCUCAGUGGUUUGGCCGUACUGGCCACCUCCCUCCUGCUCCUGAGAAUGCUUACCUUCUUCCUGGCUCGGAGCCAGUUCCCUCCUGGCCCGUGCCCACUCCCCAUCCUUGGAAAUCUGCUGCAGUUGAGUUUCCAGCUUCACCCCAAGAAGCUCGGCCAGCUGGCCAAGAAACAUGGCAGCAUCUUCACUGUGUGGCUGGGGUCAACGCCGGUGGUUGUACUGAAUGGUUUCCAGGCUGUGAAGGAUGCCUUGGUCACCCAUUCGGAGGACUUUGCUGAUCGGCCAGUUACCCCCCUCUUUGAGGACCUGUUUGGCAACAAAGGGAUCAUCUCCACCAGUGGUCACGCCUGGCUACAGCAGAGACGUUUUGGCCUGACCACCCUACGCAGCCUGGGAAUGGGCAAGAAAGUCCUGGAGCAGCUGCUGCAGGAGGAGGCCCAGUACCUAGUGGAGAUCUUUCACAGAGAGAAUGGCAAACCCUUUGACCCCCAUGUUCCCAUCGUCAGGGCAGCAGCCAAUGUAAUCUGUGCUCUAGUAUUUGGCCAUCGCUUCUCCCACGGGGAUCCCGUCUUCCGAGAGCUGAUGAAAGCAAUUGACUUUGGGCUGGCCUUUGUCAAUACCAUCUGGCGCCGGCUGUAUGAUGUUUUUCCAUGGCUACUGCGCCAACUCCCUGGACCUCAUCACAAGAUCUUUCGGUAUCAGGAGAUGGUGAAGAAUCUUAUCUGCCAGGAGAUCCAGAGCCACAAGAGAAGGGCACCCAAGGACACAGAGGACUUUAUCAGCUGCUACUUGGCUCAGAUCACUAAGAGAAAGGAUGACCCUACAUCAACAUUUGAUGAAGAGAAUUUGAUCCAAGUAAUCAUUGACCUAUUCCUUGGGGGCACGGAAACCACAGCCACCACCCUGCGCUGGGCACUGCUCUACAUGACCCAUCACAGAGAUGUUCAAGAAAAGGUGCAGAAGGAGCUGGAUGCAGUCCUGGCUCCAUCCCAGGUGAUCAGCUUUGAGGAUCGGAAGCGCUUGCCUUACACCAACGCCGUCCUCCAUGAAGUACAGCGCUUCUGUAGCGUGAUCUCCGUGGGUGCUGUGCGCAAGUGUGUGACAGCCACUACCGUGCAGGGAUUCCCCAUCCACAAGGGCACAAUCAUCUUACCCAAUCUGGCUUCUGUGUUAUAUGAUCCUGGACACUGGGAGACCCCGUGGCAAUUCAAUCCCAGGCACUUCUUGGACAAAGAAGGAAACUUUGUGACCAAUGAGGCCUUCUUGCCCUUCUCUGCAGGUCACCGGGUUUGCUUGGGGGAGCUGCUGGCUAAGGCAGAACUCUUCCUCGUGUUUACAAAUCUGCUCCGAGAGUUUCAGCUGCAGAUUCCUGAGGGGGCCUCUGGGAAUGAGCAAGAUUACAUUUUCUGGGGCACACUGCAGCCCCAGCCCUACAAGAUCUGUGCCAGCCCUCGUCUGGACUGGUCUAGAGGAUGUGGCAGAAAAGACAGUCUUUAA